CGCGGCGGCCCGGGUGGGGUGGGUGCUAGAAGUCGCCUCAGGUUUGGAAGGUGUCAUCGCUCGCGGCAGCCCACCGCAGUCCGCGCGAAACGGAGAACGUGGAGAAGGGGGCGCCCCUGUGGUCCCACUGUCAGGGGUCGGGGCAGCCAAGGACGUGGGGGUCCUGGCAAACGCCCCGCACGGAGCAGGCCCCUGGGCGUCCUUCCUUUCCCCGUUGGGGACAGUGACCCUCCGGACACCUGUUUGUUGUGUCUGCCCUCCCGAGGUCGGGUUGGUUUGUCACCACCCCCGGUCCCAGGGGACAAAGGCCGAUUUGCGGGCAGGAAGUGCUCCGGUGACAAAUGAACGUCUUGCCAGACACUGCUCCCCGAACCCUGCCCUAAUGAGGGGCUGCUCCCCCGAGGCAGGGGCAGGCGGAGUUCGGGAGACCUCGGGUGCCGGCCGUUCUUCCGGUUGUUUCAGGGACUGUCUUGAUCAAAAUCUUUCCUGCCCGGGCUGUUUGUGGAUAAGCCUGCUCCCCCCUCCCCCCGACCCACUCCUCUGUCACCAACUCCCCGAAACUAACUGCGCCUCCCCCUUCGAGAGACUCCGCCUCGGAGCCUCGUGGGCGUCAACUUCCGCCGGGCCUCUGCGAGGGGGUGGGGGUGGGGGACCGUCAUGAGGGGUGAGUGUGAGAAAUCCGGCCACGAUUCAAACAGGUGGUGUAUGGCCCAGGAAGGUCCGGGCUGGUCCUGGAACUCCUGGGAAGAUGGAAGAAGCCACUUACCUGGCAGGUGUGUCGAGUUGCCAGAGGGUCACUUUCCCCUGCAGCCCUCCUGUGUCUGCUUGUUUAUUACUUUAGGGCUGACUCUGGCGGCGGCCCUGGGAGGGACAUUUUUCUGGCCUGAGGUUAUUACAUCUUUACCGUCUCAUUUUGCAGAAGGGGAAACCGAGGGUCACAGAGGUACCCUUGUUUGUCAGUGGCUGAACUGGGACGGGGGAGCCUCGUGGGCUGCCAUCUAUGGGGUCGCACAGAGUCGGACACCACUGAAGCGACUUAGCAGCAGCAGCAGCAGAGCUGGGACCCAUAUUUGGUCCAUGCAGGAGGAGGAAAGGGGUAGAGAGAUUCUGCCCCUACUUGGGGGCCCCCUGCUAUUCCAGGGCACAGUAUUCCUCCCAGCGCCAUGAUACCACCUGGGGCACUUGGCCCAGCUGGAGUGACCCAUGACACGUGAUCAAGGACAGCCUCUCUUCAAGAGAUUUAUGUUUUAGAUAGUGUGUUUGGGUUGGUCAGAAGAGGCAGGCCCCAGACUCUGCUGGGCCUGGGUUUGAAUCUGUGCUCUUCUGUCUUCUCGCUGUGUGACCUUGGACAGCUGGUUUCACCUCUCUGUGCUUCAGUCAGGAAACACCCUUGCCUGAAAGGGAGGCACAGGGGGGCUGAAGACCACAGGGCAUGCAGAGCACCUGGCAUCUCCUCAGGAUUCGGCCCUUUUGGGGAACACACUGUGAAUGCCAGCUGGAUUGCGGUCCAGGGAUGGUGUCAGGAGGCACUGGAUGCGCUGAUGGCUCGCUAAAGGAGCUGGAGAAACUAGGGCUUGGGGACAGCGUGGAUCUACAUGUGUAUGAGAUUCCAGUGGAGUAUCAGACAGUCCAGAGGCUCAUCCCUGCCCUGUGGGAGAAGCACAGUCCACAGCUGGUGGUGCACGUAGGCGUGUCAGGCAUGGCAACCGCAGUCACACUGGAGAAGUGUGGACACAACAAGGGUUACAAGGGCCUGGACAACUGCCGAUUCUGCCCCGGCUCCCAGUGCUGUGUGGAGGACGGGCCGGAAAGCAUUGACUCCAUCAUCGACAUGGAUGCUGUAUGUAAGAGGGUUACUACACUGGGCUUAGAUGUGUCAGUGACCAUUUCACAAGAUGCAGGCAGGUACCUCUGCGACUUCACCUACUAUACCUCUCUGUACCAGAGUCACGGCCGCUCAGCCUUUGUUCACGUGCCCCCUCUGGGCAAGCCGUACAAUGCAGACCAGCUGGGCCGGGCACUUCGGGCCAUCAUUGAGGAGAUGCUGGACCUCCUAGAGCAGUCAGAAGGCAAAAUCAACUGUUGCCAUGAACACUGAUUGCUGCUCAGGCCUCCCAAGACCUCAUCCUGCCAAGGACCCUGAGAGAGACAUCCACCCUCUGGGCCCUGACCAGGAAAGACAAGCCCAUCCAGCUGGGGAUCUGAUUUGGAUCAAAUAUGCCAGCUUGCACAUCUCUUCUCCCUGUUUCUCUGCGUACGCACUGGUUGGUUUGAAGGCAGCAACUGAAGAUUUUUUUUUUUUUUCUAUUUCUCUUUGCACCUGGGGAUACAGCUGGGGCAGUCAGGAAGCUGGGAAGUCCUGAUUUCUACCCAGAACCCCAAUCAGGUGGAUCUCUACUCUGCGAUCCCCUGGCUGGGGCCACCUGCUUUUCUGAGUCUAUGAUGGAAGGGUUCCAGAAUUCCCUCUGUCCAUGACGGCUUUUUUCCCAAAUUGAAAAUCCUCAUGAAGACCCUUUGCCCUGAUCCAUGUCCCAACAGCCUGGAUAGCUCCGGCAAGGGUCAGCUUGGGAUCUGGCGUGGGUUCUUUUUCUUUCUUUCUUAUUCUGUUUUUAAAAGCAAUAGUGCCAGUUUGGGCACAGAGUUAUUUAUAUUCCCUUUGGUUAAAAUGAGGGCUUUAGCCGAACACAAGUGUCUUUUCUCUUUCAUGGAGUGCAGCUGCUUCUGCCUCUGGCUUUGAACACUGGACCUACAUUUUUUGUUUUGGGGUGACAUUAAGAUCCCCUUGUUCAGCGGGGGUGGAGGCUAGGCCCUUGGCCAGACCACGGGGAGAGGGGGUUGCUGCUGCCCCAGGAGACUGAAAGGGGUGGCUAAUCCUUUCAACAACCGAGCUGUGAGCUGUACCCAAAGGACCUCCGCAGCUGGGCCACUGGUGGGAAAGCAGAUUGUCCUUUCAACACACACACUUUUUUUUUUUAAUAUGUAAAAGUGUGUAGCAACUACAAACCUACCCCACAUCUGGCCUGGAUUUUUCAGUCUUGGUCUUGGGGACCAGCUUCUUGUUUUCCUUAAGAGGAGGACAGACUGGAGUCUGGGGGCUGAGCUCCGUGUGUGCUGGUGUGUUUUGCCGGAAGGGCCGCAGGGCAGCCAGCGAGCUUUCGUGUAGCUGGGUUUUGGACACGCCUUGGACUUGGUAAAUUUUUAUCUUACUCCCUGAUGACUUUGAACUGACCAGCCAGGGAUGCGCAUCUCCCAGGAGGCAACUAAAUUCAGCUGGACCUUGACACCCAUCAGAGAGAGGGGGUUGGCAGCAGCAACCAUGAGGAAAACAACGGUUUGGAAAGUAUUCUUCUGUUUCUUUGGAGAACAUGCAGUUUUAUCACUUCCCUAUGUGUGAGGCGUGCUGGUGUCUGAUGUGGUGUUAGAUCAUGUUGGUGUUUCCCAGCAGGCGCUUCUUUUGAAAACAGCUGAGAUUUUUGUUUUGUUUUCUUAAAUGUUCACCCUCUCUCCCUCCUGUUCUGAUGCCCAGGGUAGUUGCUGCCUCCGCUGAGCUGCUGUGUCACUCGGAGACCAGGUUGGUGGGUUUCUGAGUGAAAUGCAUUUUCUGAGUUCUGUGUUUUCUCUGGAAGGGAAGCGUGAUGUGGGGUCAGCAUAUGGCAGUGUGUGGAACAUGCCCUGCAGGGUGAAAUGAUCAGGACCUUCUCCCUCCUUCAUGCCAGCCCUCCCUCUUCCAGAAACCCCUCCUCCACACCCCCAGUCUGUGUUUGCAGUCUCCUGAGGAAUCGGGAGUAUAGGAUGCCAUUGCAUCCACUCAGUCAGCCAGCUUCCGUGAGCAGAGCUUGCGGCUCUUUUAAAUGAGGGUCUUCCAGAGGCCUCAUUCAGAAGGGCAUUAAACUCUGAUGAGCUCUGUUCUCUAAAGGUCUGAUCUGGGGGACUCUGAGGAAGAAAUGGAUCUAGGCCAGUUGGAGAGGGGAGGGGGGACUGGAAGUGAGUCAGGUUUGAGCUAAGCUGGGUACCCACUGGAACCCGGACACACCAUCCCCAGGUUCUACAUUUCCAUCUUUCUUUUGUCCUUAUUUCUUCUGUUUAAAGCACCGUGAGAUUCAGCCACUUAGAGAUGUGACUUAUUGUCUGAUCAUUAUCGAGUGUGUGUGUGUCAUUGUUCUGUUCCUGCGAUGGUGUUAGAUUUCCUCAGCGAGUCAAGCCAAAACCUUGUCCUUUUCACGAUGCAGAGCAUAUAGCUCGUUUUUAUUUAAUUAGACAGCCAUUAAAUAUUUCACUCGCUCCCUGCCA